AUUUGCACACCACUAUUUUUCUUCAACAGAUAAAUAAAUAAAUAUCAGUGAAUCGGAAAUUUUUCAAUCGAAGAAGAGAAAAUAUAAAAAAAAAAUUCCAUGUUUGUCAAUCAACAUCCAUCGAAAGUCUUCGGAGGCCUUCAAGUGUAGAAACGAAAAAAAAAAACAUUAUGUGUAUUUAUUGUCACUGUAUGCUCUUCAGUCAAUUCAAUUUCGUGUGCGAUGAUAAUUUGCAAUCAAUGUGAAUUGAAUUGUGUAUAUAUAUAAUUUUUUUUAUUCAAUUAACAAUUCAAAACCGAGCGAAAUAGCUGAAUUGUGUGUUUUAUAAUAGUAUUGAAAGGGUAUCGAAAGUGAAAUCGUCAACUGUGAAUUAGCGUCUAUUGUAUGCGUUUCGUAUGAUUGAUUAAAUUGAAAGAGUAUAUAAAAAAGCGCAUUUGUAAUCGUUAUCUUGACUCGACAACAUUCAUUUUACAUCUAAAUGACAUUCGCUUCAGAUAUAGGCUCGAAUAACAACGCUCUCAACUAACUCGGUGAAUUUGUAACUUAUUUUAAAAAAAAAUGACAUCGCCGAUGCGACCGAAAAAUAAAAAUAUACUGCUGAAGGUGGUCAUAUUAGGUGAUGGUGGAGUCGGAAAAAGCUGUCUUAUGAAUCGAUUUAUGUCGAAUCAGUUUGAUGAAAACAGUUUUCAUACAAUUGGCGUUGAGUUUCUAAACAAGGAUAUCGAAAUCGACAACGAUAAAUACACACUUCAGUGCUGGGAUACUGCAGGCCAGGAAAGGUUCAAAGCACUUCGCACUCCUUUUUAUCGGGGAUCCGACAUUUGCCUGCUUACUUACGCGGUUAAUGACCGAGACAGCUUUAAAGGAUUAAAACAUUGGCGAGAGGAAUUUAUAAAGUAUGCUGAUGUUGAUGGUGAUAGUUUCCCGUUCAUUGUAGUGGGUAACAAAAAUGAUGUUUCGGCGAGUGAACGUGAAAUAGGUCCCGACGAGGUGCUUGCUUGGUGCCAAGAAUUUCAUGUAGUCAGUUUCAUUGAAACAUCAGCAAAAACAUCGGAGAAUGUGUCAGCCGCAUUCAUAAUGGCCGUUCGCGAAUGGAAAAAAUGCGAACGAAACACCGACCUAACAGACGGCGGCGAUGCAAUUGAUUUGACCCGAACGGUUCAAUUGGAUUCAAGGAGUAAAUCAUCAUGUUGUUCGGGCAAUAGAAAUUCACAAUUGCGACAAACACAUGAAGUACUACAGUAGACGGAAAGAGCGGCAACAAAAUAUUCGAUAUUUUAUUUUUGGAGAUUGAAACAAUCGAGUCAAAGUCCGUGCACUCAUGCCGAAUGUCAAUGUCAGCACGUUUUUUAGUAAAUAUUUUAUUAGUGUCACACACACCACACAUACACACUCACACACAAAAAA